AUGGCCGCGAACCACAGCGCCUGCCCAACGGGGUCGAAGUAUUAUGGUGGCACGUGUAUCCCGUGCCCCCGCGGUCAGUACCAGGACAUACCCGGGCAGACAAGCUGUAAACCCUGUCCACACGGAACCACAACCACUGGCACGGGCUCCUCCGCCAAGGCAGACUGCAUACACGUGUGCGAGGCGGGUUCGUUCUGGAACCCAGAGGCGUACCUGUGCCUCCCCUGCCCCAAGGGUCAGUACCAGGACCAGCCCGGCCAGCCCUCCUGCCUCCCCUGCCCUAAGGGUCAGUACCAGGACCAGCCCGGCCAGAGCUCCUGCUUCCCAUGUCCCGACGGCAAGACCACACCCUCCGAGGGAGCCACCAGUCCAGACAAGUGUACACCAGACGGGUGUGGGCCCGGUCAUAUGCGGGUCUCAUCCACGGGUGGUUGUCGUCCGUGUCAUAAGGGUUGGUACGAAUCAAGGCCGAAUCAGACAACGUGUAAGCGGUGUCCGGUGGGCACGACCACGCCUAGCGAGGGCUCCACGACCAAGGACCAGUGCAAGUCGACGUGCAAGGUGGGAGAGUACCUGUUUGGGCGGGAGUGUGUACCCUGUAAGCGGGGGACGUACCAGGAUGAGCCUCAAGAGAUAACCUGUAAGCCCUGCCCGGACAAAACAUCAACAAAGACCAGGGGCGCUACCAACCAGCACGAAUGCUCGGAAUGCGCUCCUGGCUACGUACAUGGCGACACCGGCUGUAAGCCGUGCCCCGUGAGCUCAUAUCGCGCGGAGAACGCCCCUGACUGCAGACCUUGUCCUCCAGGCUUCACCACCGCCAGACAGGGCAGAUACAAAUCCUACCAUUGUUACCCGCUGUGUGACCCCGGAACGAGGUGGGACCGAGGCUCCGGCUCGUGCGUACCCUGCCCGAUCCGCCAGUACCAGGACCUGCCAAACAGGUACCGUUGCAAACUGUGUCCCGACGGCAAAACAACGUUCACCGUCGGCGCUUCCCGUGUCAGCGACUGCGUCGACGUGUGCCCGGCUGGCAAGAUGAUGCCAAAGAACGGCACGGUUCCUGCGGACUGCGCACCAUGCCCAGCCGGCACAUUCAAGUCGGAUUCAAUGGACACGUGCAGACGAUGCAGCUCCAAGGCCGAGACCACGGAGCCAGGGGCAACGUCACAGAGAGAUUGUCAAUUUGAAUGUGGAAAAGGCCACCAGCGGGUGAGCGUGAAUGGACAGGAUACGUGCCAGCCGUGCCCCCGGGGGACGUACCAGCCCCGGGAUAACUGUCUAUCCUGUCUCCCCUGUAAGCAGUUUGAGGUCACACGAGGAGCCAGCUCCAAAAGCGCCGAUGAUUGUUUCGAUCCGUGUGAGAGCGGGUACGAGCUAGUUUCGCGUGACCCGGACGUGUGCGCCAUCUGCCCCGUGAACACAUACAGAAAAAAGAACAGGGACCCGAAGUGUAUUCGCUGUCCGCUAGGAUCCACCACCGACCAGUCCGGCGCCAAGUCCAAGGAUGAAUGUACUGUGCAUUGUCAUGCGGGUUAUUUCGAGCAGUACGGGACAUGCCACAAGUGUCCCCAGGGCACUUACCAGCCACAAACGGAACAGACGACAUGCCUUCCCUGUCUACCUGGUCAGACGACCAGCCAUACCGGAAGUGUAUCAGAAGAUGAAUGUAUAUGCGACCCCGGUUCGUUCUGGUCCGCGGCUCAGAGAAAGUGCGUCCUUUGUCCCGAGGGCAAAUACCAGGACAAACCCGGCCAGAAUCAGUGUGAGCUGUGUCCUGUCGGCACGCGGACGAACCGCCCCGGCGCUGACAGCGCACAGGACUGUAUAGUAUCGUGCGGCCCUGGUUAUUUCUUAGACCGGCGGCGGUACGACCACGCAACGUGCACAAAAUGUCCGGUAGAUUCGUACCAGGACCGUCCAAACCAGGACAGCUGUAAACCCUGUCCGCGCGGGACCGGCACGGACAUAACAGGGGCCACCCGCAGGCAGGAUUGUCAAGUUUCGUGUAAGCCUGGUUAUUACUUGAGAGGGGAAAAAUGUGUGCCAUGUGGCCUUGGGACGUAUCAACCGCGGGCCGGUCAGACCAGUUGUUAUCCGUGCGAGGGAUACAAGACCACCCAAAAAAUCGCGUCCAACAGCAAGAACGACUGCAUCGCUCCGUGCACGGCAGGUUCGUUCUGGGGCGUGUUUCAGUGUUUUCCCUGUCCCGUGGGUCAGUACCAGGACCAGCCCGGACAGAACGCCUGCAAACCCUGCCCACCCGGCAGGACAACCGUAGACAGGGGUUGUACAGAUCAAGUUGAGUGUAUAGUCCAGUGCAGUACUGGUUAUUACUGGUCGGCGGAGUCCCACGGAUGCGCCCCCUGCCCCCUUGGGACGUACCAGGACGAACCAAACCAGUCUUCCUGCAAAGACUGUCCACACGGAACGACCACCCUGUACGUGGGAACGCCCUCGCCACACUAUUGCAAAGGUAAAGGCGAUAACUUCCAGAAGAUCUCCAACUAG